AUGACAGUGGAAAGAAAAUUCUGUGAAUUUGAAGGAUACACUUUUGUUGUUCCGCAGGAUGUUGUUCUACCUGUGCCUGCAUUUAUUUGUUGCCCGGGGGCUCACGAAGGCGAAAAAGUUGAUGUAAAUAUAGUUCCAGAAGUAACAGACGAUUUCUGGGACGAGUGGGAUGAACCAACAAACAAAAAAGUAAGUGUUUGUGACAUUGACAUUGAGUUUUAGACGAAAGUUCAAACUGACAAAGAGGUAUGGCAGCAAGAUUCUGUGGUUUUGGGUAAAACAACUCAUAUUGUCACGCCAUGCAGACAGGAGUUGCCAAAACAAGACGUUCCGACUGUAAAUUUGGAUGAUACGUUUUAUCAUAACGAUCUUCAGUGGAAUGGCGAUUUCACCGAAGAAGAAGCAUUUAACUUGGCCAUGAAGUUGUCCAUGGAGGAGAGUCAACACGGGGACGAUGUUGUGGAGCUUACUGAUUCUUUGGACGAGGUAGUUUUACCUACAGAAAAUGAGACGGGAGAUUUGAUGAUAGCGGAGGGAUCUGCUGAAGUUACACAGGACUCCCUUGUUGAAGAAGGGGAGAAAAGAUACUUUAUGUUUGGGGAAACUCGAUCAGGUAAGAUGAUAAUAUACUGCUGGCAAUAUGUAUAAUAUCGGGACACCCUCUAUCUUUGAAAUUACAGCUUUUCGAUUUUGUGGGUCUAGUAAACUACUUGUUUCGUGUGGUGCCUUAGUAGUUUUUGGCACUUUCUCAGGAUAAAAUUUUGUUUUCAGAAUCAAAGAUACAUUAUCUACUUUUUUAUAAAUUUUAGGUGUGGUGACUGGGUGUAUGUAGGCGUAGCACACAAAAUGUCAAAUCAUUGAGUAGUAGGACACUUCAAAGAUAGAAGAGGUCUUAUAGCAAUGUAAUAUACCAUUGGCAGCUCUUUAGGUAAACAAUUAUUGUCUUAACGGUUGUUUUAUAGAUAUGCAUGGAAAGUUCAAAGGAUAUCUCAAAGACAACAGUAAAGACUUUGAUGACAGUAAGUUACAUUUUAUUUUUCUAAGUUUAAUUAUAAGUUAUUAAUUGUAAUUUUUUAGAAGACUUGGAUGACAACACUCGUCAAGCAAUGUAUCAGGCCUUGAACAAUGUUUUUGGUUUCCGAGAGUUCCGUCACUGCCAGAAGGCGGUUAUUAUAGCUAUUUUGAAGGAUCACGAUUGCUUCAUUCUUAUGCCUACAGGGGCAGGAAAGAGUUUAUGUUAUCAAUUACCGGCUCUCAUGUCUAACGGGGUUACUGUAGUUAUUUCUCCAUUGAAAUCACUAAUGUCAGAUCAAGUUCAGAAGCUACAGGAAUGGAAGAUUCCGUGCUACUGUCUCAGAAGUGGAUUGUCGCGACAAGAAACCGACAGAAUCUUUGCUGACUUGACCAGUGAAGAUGUGAAUGUCAGAUUGUUGUACGUGACCCCAGAGAUGAUGGGGAAGUCAACUACAUUAAGAAACACAUUAAUCAUGCUACAGAAGCGGGGCAAAUUGAACAGAUUUGUUGUGGAUGAAGCACAUUGCGUGAGUCAAUGGGGACACGACUUCAGAACUGACUACGUCAAGUUGUCCGACUACUUCAAGGAGUUCGGGAAGGUACAGGUUAUUGGAUUGACGGCUACAGCAACUCCUAAUGCUGUAAUCGACAUCAGGAAGGUCUUGCGAAUGUCACGUUCAAAGCUGUUUAUCAGUAGUUUCGUCAGAUCUAACCUCAUUUAUGAUCAGGUUCCCAAGAAUCCGAAGUCAUUCCAAAAAGUAAUGGCACUUUUGAAGAAUAAGUACCCGAAACAAUCGGGAAUUGUAUAUUGUUUAUCAAGGUAAGGUUAAUAAGUUGUUGAACCCAGUUGUAUGUUUUAGAAAAGAUACCGAGACUGUAGCUGAGAGUUUGGUCAAGAACGGUAUCUCAGCUGCUGCAUAUCACGCUGAGAUUGGGGAUUCUACAAGAGAAAAGAUUCAGCACAUGUGGAUGAGGGGUGAAAUUGAUGUUAUUUGUGCCACAAUUGCCUUUGGUAUGGGUAUCGACAAGCCCGACGUACGCUAUGUUAUUCAUCACAGGUAAGUAACCUAUAUUUCAUGCGUUACUUUUACUUUUUUGUGUGAUAUUACUCACGUUUGUAGUAUGUCAGCAUCGAUCGAAGCUUAUUAUCAAGAAACCGGACGUGCAGGACGUGAUGGAUUGCCAGCGGUUUGUAUUCUGAUGUACGGCUACAACGACCACAUCAGGCAUAUGAAGAUGGAAAAGUCUGAAAAUCAAGCCAUGAGGAAGAAGCGGCUUCAGGGGAUCUACAACAUGGUAUCGUACGGAGAGAACGUGUCGGUUUGUCGUCGAAAACUUCUGGUUGAACACUUUGGUGAAGUAAGUGAUUGCACUAUCAAAUGUUAUUGUGGUUAAUAUAACGCGUUUUAAAGACUGCCAGUUCAUAUAAAGUUCCAAAUUCUAUUGCUUUUAGUUUUAUGACUCGGCUACAUGUAACGCCAGUAGCACUCCGUGUAGUAUUUGUGAAAUGUCAAGGUCUGUACCCAUGUUCAAACCAUACGAUUUCACGGAAGAAGCUGUUGUUGUUCUCAAGACCGUUAAGCAACAAAAGAAGAUCACUCUGAUUCAAUUGGUCGAAUCUUACCAUGGGAAGGGGGCGAAAAAAGCUGGCAAAGGAAAAAAGGUAUGUCAUCCUUAUUAUCUGUAUUUUUUGGGUGAUGCACUCUAUAGUAAAUUGAGUGCUUCUAGAAUCUUGCAUCCCUUGACAUUGCUAGACGUGGGGAAGGCUUUUCCGAAGAAGACUGUAGCAGAUUCAUGAGGAAGCUGGUGAUAGAGGGACUUUUGGAAGAAAAAAUAUCAGUGUCAAACUAUCAUGGACAAGAAGUGUGUUACGUGUACGUUACAGACCUGGGUGAGAAACUUAUCAACACCAAGACUCCCAAGGUGUACUCCCACUUGGCAGUAGGAAAGAAGAAUAUUAACCAGAAGCUGUUCCACAUGACCGCAGUGACAGAAGCGAUGGCUUUGAAAGAAAAAUAUCGUCUGAAACAUGUCGAUGUAUUCCAGAAUUGUAAACGGGCUCUGAUCAGCUUUUUCGACAAACUGGCGCAGCAUGAAGGGUUGGGUAAUUACACUGUAAGUGGCUUUUAUAUCAAACAGCCCUUCUUUUACUUUCUCUGUUUAACUCUAUAUUAUUAUAGUCUAUUAUCACAUCUGAGGGCAUCGAACAGCUGGCUGCGAUGAUGCCUAGAACAAAUUCAGAGAUUCUGCAAGUCGACUCAAUGACGUCAACGAAGCUACAGAAGUAUGGAGCACGCAUAAUGGAUGAGAUGCAACCAUUCUUCGAUUCAGUAGACCGAAUAGAACAUGCGGACAUUCAGAGAGCUGUUCAUGGAUACUAA